UAGACCGCGCAGUGUGGUUCCUCGUGUGGACUCCCGCCUCUUCCGCGGCCCGGCGGGCCCGGGUGCCGCGCCGACAUGCGCCCCCUGCUCGGUCUCCUCUUGAUCUUCGCUGGCUGCACCUUCGCCCUGUACUUGCUGUCCACCCAGCUGCCCCGCGGGCCGACACUGGUUUCCGAUGGAAAGACUGGAGACAGGUCCCUGUGGUUCCCCUCAGAUCUUGCUGAGCUUCGGGAGCUUUCUGAGGUCCUGCGAGAAUAUCGGAAGGAGCACCAGGGCUACGUGUUCCUGCUCUUCUGCAGUGCCUACCUCUACAAACAGGGCUUUGCCAUCCCAGGCUCCAGCUUCCUGAAUGUCUUAGCUGGCGCUUUGUUUGGGCCGUGGCUGGGCCUUCUGCUGUGCUGCGUGUUGACCUCCGUGGGUGCCACGUGCUGCUACCUGCUCUCCAGCAUUUUUGGCAAACAGCUGGUGGUCUUCUACUUUCCUGACAAAGUGACCCUGCUGCAGAAGAAGGUGGAGGAGAACAGGAACAGCUUGUUUUUUUUCCUACUCUUCUUGAGACUUUUCCCCAUGACACCAAACUGGUUCUUGAACCUCUCAGCCCCGAUUCUAAACAUCCCUCUGAUGCAGUUCUUCUUCUCUGUUCUUAUCGGUUUGAUCCCAUAUAAUUUCAUCUGUGUGCAGACAGGCUCCAUCCUCUCAACUCUGACCUCUCUGGAUGCGCUUUUCUCCUGGGAAACAAUCUUUAAGCUGCUGGCCAUUGCCCUGAUGGCCUUAGUUCCUGGAACCCUCAUAAAAAAGUUUAGCCAGAAAGACCUGCAUUUAAACGAAACAAGUACCACAAAUCAUCUAAAUGGUAGAAAGGACACGUGAUGUGAAUUUUUUGGUUGCUGUGUCUCUGCAUUCUUGUUGCUUUUUGUAUAGUGGGUGUGGUCCUGAAAGCCCCUCAUUUGUCUUUUAAUUACCCCUAGCAGGUGAUUUGGGUACUGUUUAUUGUAUACACUAUUUUGUCACAAAGGACAACCUGUGCUCUAGAUGGUAAACUAUAGCAGGUUCUGACACUGGCAGUGAGUUAGCAGGCUACUUUACAAAAUGGAUGGCCUCCUAGAGAAUCCUGGUUAUAGUUUAUUGAAUGACAAGAAACUCAGGAUAGCUGACUCUUUUCAUCUUUUGCCAAACAUGGUGGGCGGUGCCUGGGGAAAGGAGACUGAUGACCUUGUCCCGAGUGCCUCUUUCGCAGAGUGAUAGGCUGUUGUGACAAGUGUGCUAUUAAGUCCCUAGUGGAUGUGAUAGUAUACGUGGCACGCGAGCCCACAUCACUGACAUUGUUCUCUGUCUCUUGAGUCUCUUGAAAAGUAUUUCUCCUGUACUUCUUUUGCUGAUAACCUACCUCUUCCAUAAACCAAGGGAAACAAGCUGACACGCUGAUAGAACUUCAUAUUCAGUUCAAAUGCACUAUGAUUUUUGUGAUGCACUUUGUGUUCAAAGAUACUAAUGUUAGCAUAUCUGUCUCCUGACUGUUAAGCUGACUGCAAACAGACUAUUAAAUAUGAGUGGAGCAAAUGGUAUGUUCUGGGGACAUUUCUACCCUCAUGCAUAGGGCAGGGCCCUGACUCACUUGAACCAAAGGACCAUCAGUACAUUUUCUAAUCCGACCUUUCUCUGUGGGAACCUUUUCUCCAUCUCCCCGCUGGGAAAGUAGAUUCACUACUCUCAGUACCAGUAAAUGUACCCUCUGAACACUUUUCAUUUUGGCAUUUGUUGAGAAUAACUGAGCAAUAAUUCUAUUUAUCUUUUAGUUCAAAGAGGAAAACUUGUUUGGGAUCACUUUAUGAUGCUGUAUUUUAAUUAUCUGUGUCUUAUUAUUUCCUGCAGUGGCAAUAUUAAAUGGGUACAGAUCUGGGUAGUGUUUUUGAGGACAGAAGGAUCUUGGCUCCUACACUGACCAGGCUUGAGAUCCUGUACUCUGCAGCAUCUGCAGCAGGAACUCAUCAUUUCUUGCCAGUGCUGUAGCCCUGGGGCAUCACUUUAUGGGUUUUUUUAUUUGAGUUGGCCAAAGAGCUUGCCAAGACUUUAAUCCGCAUGACCUGUUCUAGAAAUUCUUGGGAAUGCUUGUGUUCACUAGGAAGAAUGAAUUCUCAAGCAGGGGAAUGAUCCAGGAAACACAAGAAUUUCAUUUGUAAAGAUGUGUUGCUUUAAGAGAAGCUUGACUACAUAAGUUGCGGGGAGGGGAGGAAGAGGGAAGCCAAUUGGGCUUUGCCACCCCUGCCUCUUUGGGUCCUGGAUCAGGGGGAGGGAGGGGAAAGGAGGAGCUUCCCACACUUGCAAAUGUGUGCCCUAUGUUAUCAGGAGGAAGCUUAGGUUUGUCUCACUCUUCCCCCAUGAUUUUGUAACUAUGUGCCUUAUCAGUUGUGAGUUUACAGGCAAAGCAGUUUCCCAAAUAAAUGGAUAUAAAUGU